AAUGUUUCCAAUUCUUGGUAGAGAAGGUCCAGAUGUUGAAAAAACAAUGUCAAAUAGCGCAAAAUUGCUAGUAAAACUGAAUUGGGUCAAAGCUGGUGCAACUGGAACAUUUACGCUUAUGCCACCAUUGCAAAGAUCUGUUGAUAAACUUUGCAGAAUAAUAGAAAAUGAAAUGAAUGCUGUAGGAGGUUUGAAAGUUACUAUGCCAUCUUUAGCUACCGCAGGCAUAUGGAAGAAAUCUGGUAGAUAUAAUGAUAUGGGCAGUGAAUUAUUGAAGCUAAAAGAUCGCAAUGAAGCUAAUCUCUGUCUCUCUCCCACUCAUGAAGAAACAGUCACAUCAUUAGUUCAAUCAUUAUCACCAAUAUCUUACAAAAAUUUACCAAUUAAACUUUAUCAAAUUGGUCCAAAAUUUCGGGAUGAAAUGAGACCGAAAAAUGCUUUAUUAAGAUGUAGAGAAUUUCUAAUGAAAGAUUUAUACUCAUUUGAUGAUAAUUUGGAAAAUUCUUUAAAAACCUACAAAGAUCUAAAUAAAGCAUAUGAAAAUAUAUUCAAUAGGCUUAAUUUAGACUUUUUUAAAGUUCAAGCUGAUACUGGUACAAUGGGUGGAUCGAGCUCUCACGAAUAUCAUAUUGAAUCACCGAUUGGUGAAGAUACGCUAAUUCUUUGUAAAAAUUGUGGAGAAGCGUUUAACAAGGAAUUAACUGUCGAUGAUGAAUAUAUAAAGAAUUGUAGAAAAUGCGGUGAAAAUGUUAAAAUAAUAAAAAGUAUAGAGAUCGGCCAUACUUUCCUUCUAGGAACAAAAUAUUCAGAAACUUUCAAAGCUAAUCUUAUAACUAAGGAAUCUAAAAAAAGUUUAAUUGUAAUGGGUUGCUAUGGUAUUGGGGUAACUCGUUUAGUAUCGGCUUGUAUUGAAGUUUUAUCAAGUAAAAAUCAACUACGAUUACCAGAAUUGAUUACUCCUCAUCAAAUAUGUAUUAUUCCCCAAAGAGAAGGUUAUAAGUCUGAUAUUACUUUGAAACAAUCUGAAGAUAUUGCAAUUAACCUUAGCCAAUUAGAUAAUCUCAAAGAUUAUGAGGUUGUGCUGGACGAUAGGCUGUCAUUAUCAAUUGGACAACGAAUAAAAGAAGCAUCAAAUUUCGGCUAUACAUUUGGAAUUGUUGUUGGAAAAAGUGCUUUAGAAGAGAAUCCAAAAUACGAAGUUAUUGAUUUUAAAAAUAAUGAAAAGAAAUUAAUGAUAAAUGAGGAAAUAACAAAUUUGGCUAAACAUAUUAAAACUGUAUAA